CAUAAUUUACAAACAAAAACAACCCUCGACCAGAUUGAGUCAUACGAGAGGCAAGCUGCCGUUUAGCUGAAUCGUGCGUUUCCUGGUUCACUAACACUUUACUAUCUACAUCAGUACAAGUUUCGAAAGAAUGAGCCAGUAGGCUGAGCUCAUCAUUAGCCGGAUGAUGUAAAGUUCGUGCGUUUCCACUGUGACAGUGACAGCGAUGCAGAGUACGGUGCAGAACCUCCGGGAGGGCCUCUGGAAUCUACCGAGCACGGUCAACAGCCUGCUGCUCGCUGGGACACUACUGGACAGUGGCAGGGGCAGCUCGUCCGAGGAGCUUACCCGGGAUCAGAAAACUCGUUCCCCCGCCGAGCGGGACGAUAACAAUAACGACGAUGCCGAGGAAGAACCGCCGGACAGUGAGCAGGAGGAUGAUGAGCUGCUGGAAAAGCGGACGCAUGCUAGCGACCGCAUGUCCGCCGAGCCCAUGAGCAGUUCGGUCGGCUCGUUGCGUGCACUGUGCGAUGAGCCGGAGCAGGACAGGCAGGGUGAAAAGGAUCCCACAGCCACCAACACCGAUGGCGCACCGGAUCCGGCUGUGCUGCGUGUCAAGUGGCAACUGGUGCCGUUGGAUCAGAACGCAUCGCUGGUGGAGCUGUCGCAGGCAAUAGACGUGUGCCGGACGCUGGUACGCUCGAAUGCGUACGGGCCCGAUACGGAUCAAAGCAAAUGGCUCGUGCGACAUUUGGUGGAGCUGCGGUACCGGUACCGCGAGCUGGUGGACUUUUCGCGCGAUCCCGAAGCAGUGCUGGAGGAGACGGAGGUCAUUCUGGGGCAUCAUUUCGUGCGCCGGAAACAGUUCCCUUUGCAGCAGCUGCAGCGCAACCGGCACCUGUACUGUGACCACUGUUCCGGUGUCAUUUGGAACGUUGUGCAGGCAUCGUACGUUUGCAACGACUGCUCGUUUGCGGUGCAUCACAAAUGCUUGCGCAAUGUGCUGCGUAUCUGUGCGCACGUGGUCACGACGGAGCAUAAGCUGCCGAUUGAGUGCAUCUGUCCCGAGAUUGGGCUGGCCUUUCAGAAGUACACUUGCGCGGAAUGUGGAACACAGCUGAGCUACAAUACUUCCAAAGCUAUCAACUGUUUCGGACUCGAAUUCAAAGCGGAAAAACUGAACUCAAUUCAGCCCCGGCUGUGCGAUUACACCGGUCUGUACUACUGUCCCGCGUGCCACUGGAACGAUACGAGCAUCAUACCGGCACGCAUCACCAACAACUGGGACUUUGUGCCGCGCAAGGUGUGCCGUGCGUCGCGGCAACAGAUCAACCUGCUGCUGGCCAAACCCGUCAUCCGGCUGGAGGAGAAGAAUCCGCGCCUGUUCACCUUCAUUCCCCAGCUGGCCGAGGUGAAGCGGGCGCGCGUGCAGCUCGGUGAAAUGAAGCGAUACCUCAUCGCGUGCCGGCUGGCCGACGAGACUAGGCUCGUGGUGAAGCAAAUCGGCAAACGGCGCCACCUGAUGGAAUCGAUCGAGCUGUACAGUGUGGCGGAUCUCGUUGGCGUAGAGGAUGGGACGUUGCUGAAUUAUCUGCGCACGAUACGGGCCACGUUCGAGCAUCACAUUCGAAACUGUGUGAUCUGUUCCGGAAAGGCGUACAUUUGCGAGUUUUGCAACAACGAUCAGAUUUUGUUCCCGUUCGAUGAUGAUGCGAUUUGCUGCACGCAGUGCAAUGCCGUCAGCCAUCGUGAGUGCUACCAGCGCAGGAAGAGCAGGUGUGCCAAGUGUGCCCGCUUACGGCGCCGUGCUUUACAGACGCUGCGGGAACAGUUGGAUCUGGAAAAUGGCAACUAACCUGGAAGAGAAAGAGAUAGAGAGAGCAAAAAUCAUAUCAUUUUUACCUUUUGAAACGGCUUCAAUGUGCUUUAGAUGUGUGUAAGCUUUAACUCACCAGGGACAACGUGCACAGCUUCUAUUGGUAGCCAUCAAUAAAAUCACACGCCUUCGUAAAAUCUAA